AUGAAAGUGUCCCACUCUUUCAUUCUUGGAUAUGUGUUUGCUGCUGCUAUGACGUUGAUGGAACAGGGUGUGUCUCAGGCCACACCAGCUUCCUCAUCCAACAGUGGAGCGAGCCUACUUGGCAAUUUUAAACAGUUUAACUCUGCCCCUGACCAAGUGAUAUACGGUUCAUUGGCCCGGGUGCAGUAUCAGUGUUCCAGACCAUGUGAGCUUGCAGUGGAGGUGGUGGUACCCACACAACAAAACACAAGCCUAGUCGUCUUCAGGAGGAAAUGGAUCAGUCGCAAACACCACCAAGUCCCCAGGAUUCACCAAGUACAAUUUAGCUUCCCUCCGUCCAUUGUAUAUAAACAAGAUUUUUUUAUCAGGCACGUUUUUGAUACCAAGAGCGCGAUAAUGCAUGCUUGGUUAAACCAUCUCAAUGACAAUGAAACCAGCACAUAUGAUGGUUCAGUGGUGAAGGCCCACAAAGUGCUUCAGACUGUGCCUCUCUCUGUACAUCCAACCAAGCCUCCCACUGGAUGCCUUUCAUGGUCUGCUGGACUGAUGUGGCAGCUGACCAGAGACAGAAUUUAUCAGUGCCCACAUGAGACAGGCACAAUCAAUAUGCUCAAGUUCCCCCUGGCAAGCACCGGUGAGGGCUUUGGAGUGGUCUGCAAGUUCCAGCCUUUCAUCAGCAGAGACCUGGAGAGAGCUCGUCUCCACGCUGUGAAACAGCCCAAUGUCACCAUGUCUGUAUGGCUCUACCUACUGGAGUGGUGUCACAGAGGGCUGUGUGGAAUCAUUCAUCAUGUUAACAGGGACAAUGAGUACUCCUUUUUGAUGCACCUUACAAAUGCAGGGGAUGUCAUAAUUCAGGCGCGUUUGACAACUGGAAGAGAUCAAGCUUUCCAAUCCCAUGCAGCUUUGCCCCGGUGGACAUGGAUUAGACUUGACUGUUACAUACAGCAAUCAAAGGUGACACUGGACACAACAUGGGAUGGGGAAACUCGUACACAUGCAUUUGACUUUCAGGACAACGUCCAUUGUGAUGACACCAGUGGCUACUUUGUAAUUGGAGGUGGCAGAUACCUGCCAGCCCUCCAUGGAUAUUUUGGGGCGAUCAAAUACUAUCGUUUUGGGACCAAACAGGUAGAAAAUCCUCUUUUCCGCAAGAAUACCCUGGAGAAUCUGGAUAAAGCUCAUCACGAGUGUCACGAAAUCAAAGGAUUUACAGCUACUUUUUUGCAGGGAGUGUACCCAGGCUCAAAUAGCGGUGAAAUAUCAUCAUCAUUAUAUUUUAUUUCAGGUUUCUGUAACCUUCAUUACAUCACAAUGUGGAACAAGUCCAGACAGCCCGUCUGUAGACAGACUUGGACAUGGGAAACACAACUUAAAUACAGAGCAUUAUUCUGUUUCCUGCGGAAACAAGAGGAGGAUCUCAAAAUAAGAUUGUGGGGCAGUAACGCCCUUCGGCACCUCGGGAGGAGAUUGUUUGAACAUGCUGUUGGCGGAAUGGUCCGUAUGGUUUCAAAACAGAUCCGGCUUACGUCCACUGAUAUCGAUCUACUCAGGGUAUCCUCCUGCUUUGGCAAUCACCAAGCAUCUCUCUUGCUAGCUGCAAUCCACCUGGCUGGCCUGGGGCGCUCAGUGGACCAACAACAGGGUCAUGUGUAUAGUUUAAUUGGUGCUUCAGCCGACAACCGUUUAGCACUUAUGCACAUAGGAUACAAACACACUCAAGGGAUUGACGGGUUUCCAAAAGACCACGAUAUGGCUUAUAGCUACUACGCCAAUGUUGGGGCACAGAGCAUUGUUGACAGCCAGAGGAUACAAGAAGAAAAGCAAUACUUGCCUGAACAAAUCUGCUUGAACAACAUGGAGGAUUUAAACGGCUUUGCAGAUGAAACAAGUGAUGCCUUUCAGUUUCUGAAAUUCCAGGCAGAGAGAGGAGAUGUAGCUCCUCAGAAACUCUUAGGCAAAAUUCUUCUCUGGGGCCGAAAUGGAGCCUCAAAAGACGUAGCAAGCGCAAUGAGGUGGAUUGUGAGGAGUGCGAGGCGGAUGGAUGACCCAACAAUCGUGUAUGAUUACGCCAUUUUAUUGCUGAAGGGUCAGGGAGUAAAGAAGAAUUUGACCCUUGGCUAUCAGCUGCUGGAAAAAGCUGCAGCGAUGGGGUCAGUUCAUGCCUUGAACGGCUUGGGUUGGUACUGCAGUGCCAUACUGAAGGACCACCGAACUGCAGUGAAAUAUUAUGAACAAGCUGCACUCAACGGGAGCGAAGACGGCAUGUUUAAUCUGGGAGUUUAUCACCUCAGUGGCAACAACCCAGACAAUCCUCAGAGAAAUGAGAUGGCUGCAUUUCAGCUUUUUCUGAAUGCGUCUAGUUUUGGACAUGUAGCAGCAUCGGUGGAGGCAGCCUGGUACCUGUCUACAGGAUGCCUGGAGGGGGUGUCUCGGGAUGUGGAGAGGGCUGUGAUUAUGCUCAAAAAGGUCUGUGAAUCCAAUGGACACCUCGGAUACAUUAUCAGAGAGGCCCUGAAAGCCUACCUCCAGGGCUCUCAGGGCCAGGCUCUUGUUAAGUAUGCUAUGGCAGCUGAAGCUGGCUUGGGUUUGGCCCAGACCAACGUUGCUCACCUGUUUGAGGAGUGGAAACUCAGUAAUGAUUGUCAAUGGAGAUAUUAUAACCAUUCCACGUUGAACUACGAUUCCCACCUCCAUAGUCUACUGAAAAUGGGAGAUUACUACUACUCCUCCGCCAACAGACACGAGGCAUCAUUAUCCUCAGCUGGCCAGGCCAUAUCGAUGUACAGCAGAGCCGCUGUAGCGGGGAGUCCUCAGGGAAUGUACAACCUGGCUGCUUUGGCACAAGAGGGGCAUGUUCUUCCACGGAGUACACGAGAUUUCUUUAAUGUGUCACCUCAUGACACAUUGGAAACUUUGCUGGAGAAGAUCUUACAGAGAUGUGUGGCCGCCGAGGAUAAAGACGCUGUAACGCCAUGUUCUUUAGCUCUGCUAAGAGUCCAGAUGGGAAACGCCUUGAGGAAAAUGACUCAGAACGGUGCACAGCUCUUGUUGGCAUAUGCAUCUGUUCUAAGCUUAAUCAUCAUUAUAAUUACCGUACUGGUGCAACUUGGUCUUGUGCUUUUGCAAAUGACCAACGAACAAAGGGAUAAUAACCACCUUGCCGUGGAGGCGAGGACAAGGACAUUGUCUGUCAAUCAAGCUGAGGUCAACUGGAAUACAAUGCAAGAUAACAUGAUGAGAAGAUGGGGCACAGUUUCACGAACUUGUAGAGUGGCCAUGACUCUAUGGCUUACCAUACUGAAUGGUGAGCAGAGGCUCCGGCAGACCAGCGAGUUGGCUGUGACUGUAUCAGGCGUGUGUCUGUGUGCUUUCUGGACCACACUACUCUAUCAUCUCUUAUGA